AUGGUCACAUAUCAGUCUCAAAGUGGAGGCUUUAGCAGCGUGUCAACACAGCACUUGGGUACCCCUGAGGCACCAGCCUGCAGCGGCAAUCCAAUGAAAAAGGAGGAGCGUGUCAAGCGCCCGAUGAAUGCCUUCAUGGUCUGGUCUCGGGGUCAGAGACGGCGCAUGGCGCAAGAAAACCCCAAAAUGCACAACUCCGAGAUUAGCAAGCGCCUGGGAACAAUGUGGAAGGCAUUAAAUGAAGCAGAGAAAAAACCCUUCAUCGAUGAGGCGAAACGUCUAAGGGCGAAUCACAUGAGCCAGUAUCCCGACUAUAAGUACCGACCCAGGAGGCGACAUCGCCCACUGGAGAAACAAAAAAAGGCUGUCGCAGCAAUGGCUGCCGCAGCCUCAGUUACCAGUCUCUUUUCGAAUUCAGCUGUGGGGAAUCUCACUACACCCACAGAGGGCGACUUCUUUGGACUGCGACAUCCGACGGUGCCAUCGACAACAGAAUAUAGAUCCUUUCACACUAAUGCUCCUUUGGCCUACAAUGCAUUUAACCAGCCUUUGCAACUGCAACAAAGGCAUUCUCAACAGCAGCACCAGCAUCAGCAAUUUCAUCAAAGCACAUAUGAAGAAAAAUUCCCCCACUAUAACCGAAGUAGGCAACCCUAUGAAGAUUUUCAACACCUGAGUAAUUCUGACUACUCCAAUUUUAACACACCAAAUAAUAAGACUUCUGAAACAUUUCAUGGACAGCAUGAUUUUUCAAAGUCCGCAUUCCACAUUGGAAGUGGCAUCAGUAACUAUCCGUCCUAUUCUUAUACCACGGAUCAGGAUGUUAAAGCCGAUGCAAUGCGCUCAGAGCUUGAUUCAAAAACGGCUGUUAUGGCAGCUGUAGCUGCAGCGAAUUACGCAGCUUCAAGACUGGCUUACUGUGGAUCUAGUGAGCCACCGUCUAACUACUGGGACGGUUGGUGGAAAGAAAAAGCCUUACCAGCAGCUGAAGGAAAUACUUGGGACUCGAGCUCUAGUCAGUGGGCAAGGGCUUUGGAAGAGGCGCGAAAAUUUGAGCAGGAAACAGAUUUUCAACAAAACAGGUUGAACGAUUCAAAGGACUCCUCCCUUUCUUAUCUGUCCGCAUACUUUAAUGGAUUCGGUAGUAUGAUCGGCCUGCGAGAUGGCAAUUCCAUGUUGUGUAACCAGGGUGGUGGUCAGGACCCUGAAGCGUUAUCAACCUUUUCAACACCUUCAUCAGCUUCUUCAGGACACGAACAACAACCCCAGCACCAGCGACAGCAACAGCGCCAUCUAGUCACUCACCCGAGCGCUAGAUCGGCCGCUCCACUUACUGACGAGAGACCGUGUUCUUAUGCUAAUCCAAUUUACGCAGCUUUCACUGCCAUGGCUGGAUUACCUCAAAUGAAGGCUGAGAUUGACGACUCUUAUCCUUCUUCUCCCUCCAAAAUCGGAUAA